AUGUUAACCAAAGCUGCAAAGUCAAUCGCUGCACCUCCUCCUGACGACAUAAGAAGAAACAAUGCGCCCAGAUCCCGCCGAAUCAACGACUCUCUAAAACCGGCCGUGCUCUCCAAAGAUUCCAGCCCCACCGAGUUGCGACACUGGAUCGACGCAUUCAAAUCUUAUUACUCGUCCAACGAUAUGAACGAUUUCAGCAAAGAAGAAAGACUUUCAUACUUUAAAAUAUUGUUGGAUUCCGAUCUCAAAACUAGAAUCAUGGCGAAAAUGACAGAAACUACCGACGUUUUCGGCGAAGACGGCUGCCUUCAACUCCUCGAGAAUGACUUCCUGGGCCGUUACCCGCUAUUCUCCCGCAGGCUCGACUUCUUUCAGUACCAACAGCGAAAUGGACAAGCCUUCACUGAUUUUGUCGCCAAGGCCAAGGAACUCUCUCGUCUCGCCGAUCUUGACAAGUUAACUGUCGAAGAAAUCUUCGUUUUCUGCAUACUCCGUGGCACUACCGACUCAGUCCUCCUCGACGAUCUCCUGGAAUUGCCGGAAAAGACCCUGAAAGACGUCGAAAAUACGGGUAAAAUGUACGAAAGUCGCCUGAUAUCCCGCUCCAAACUUUCCAACCAUUCUGCCGAGCCCGUAUUAAAAGUUUCCCUGCAGCAACGUCGCGGUCAAUUCAAAUCAAAAGCAAGGCAUAAUCAAGAUCGCUUCGAAGGAAAAGGUUCGUCUCAGUCCCAAAAACGCCCCACCACCAUAAAAGAAAUGAAGGAGCGCGGCCUCUGCACAAGGUGUGGCAAAGCAAACCACGUCGCCUACGAGUGCUCUUACGAGCACAACGUUAUUUGCAACCAUUGUGGUAUCAAGGGCCACAUCGCACCAGCCUGCCUCAGCCGAACGAAGAUAAACGCGAUCCAAACCGAACGUCCCGAAGAUCGCUCAAGAUUCGCCAACAUGCCCAGAGAUCCCUCCCCUUCCGCCAGCUCCGUCUCCGAUUGA